ACAUCAAUAUCCGAACCAAGUUCCCUCCUUCCCCAACUCUUUCCCUCGUUUUCUGCUCUCUUUCUCUCUCUUUCAAUCUCCCGCUUUUUUUUUUUUUUUUCUUUUCUCUUCCCAAACACCAGAUCCCGUCCUUCUUUCUUCUCCAAUUCCUCUGAUCCAAUCACUUUCACUUCAAUACAUCUCCAAUUUCAGUUUAUCUGUUCUUCUCAAAAAAAAAAAAAAACCCAAACCCUUGCUUCAGAAUUACCCAAACCGAAUAAUUCAAUCUCCAUUUGACUUCAGUUUUCCAUGUCUAAUUCACAAACGCACAACUCCACUACACAGUCCAAUGACACUUCCAUGCAGCAGUCCUUUAAGCGCCAGCUCCCCUAUUCUUCUAUGAAGCCGCCUUUUACAGUUCCCGCUGAUUAUCACCGCUUUGCUGCCGACCCUCGUCGCCAACCGGAUCAAGAACCCGAGGGCAUUGUAUUUAAAUCUCCACAAUUAAAGCGGAAGAGUGACCCAGCAGAUCAUGAAGCUGAGUCAAGUGAGCAGACAGCUAGCCCUGUAUGCACUGAGAUAGUUAACAGCUCUCUCCAGACACCUAUAUCAGGAAAAGGGGGAAAGGUGCAGAAAACAUCUAGGCUUGCAAAGAAUAGUAAAUCUGGACCACAAACUUCAGCCUCAAAUCUUGCUUCACCAGGCAACAAUCUCACACCAACUGGUCCCUGCCGCUAUGACAGCUCCCUUGGGCUUUUGACAAAGAAGUUCAUAAAUUUGAUCAAGCACGCUGAGGAUGGUAUUCUUGAUUUAAAUAAAGCCGCUGACACUUUAGAGGUGCAAAAGAGGCGGAUAUAUGACAUAACAAAUGUCUUGGAAGGUAUUGGUCUCAUAGAGAAGAAACUCAAGAACAGAAUUCAGUGGAAGGGUCUCGAUGUUUCAAGGCCUGGGGAGGCUGAUGAAAAUGCUUCAAAUAUACAGGCUGAAGUUGAAAGCCUUGCUAUUGAGGAACGCAGAUUAGAUGAUCAGAUAAGAGAAAUGCAAGAAAGAUUGAGGGACCUUAGUGAAGAUGAAAAUAAUCAAAAAUGGCUUUUUGUCACAGAAGAUGAUAUCAAGAAUUUACCCUGCUUCCAGAACGAAACCUUGAUAGCAAUUAAAGCUCCCCAUGGCACUACUCUGGAAGUCCCUGAUCCUGAUGAGGCUGUUGACUAUCCCCAAAGAAGAUACAGAAUAGUUCUUAGAAGCACAAUGGGUCCUAUAGAUGUUUACCUUGUUAGUCAAUUUGAAGAGAAAUUUGAGGAGAUUCAUGGUGCUGAGGCAACCCCAAACUUGCCAUCAAAUUCAGGCUUGGUUGAGAAUCCUGCAUUAACAAUGAUAACACAGGAGAGUGGAGGGAAGGAGAUUGAAAUGCAGGGACAAGAUGCUCAUAGAGAGUGCACAGAUCUUAACGCUUCACAGGACUUUGUUAGUGGUAUCAUGAAGAUUGUUCCCUCAGAAAUUGAUAGUGAUGCAGAUUACUGGCUUUUAUCGGAUCCUGGAGUUAGCAUCACAGACAUAUGGCGGACUGAAUCUGCAGUUGAAUGGAAUGAACUGGGUAAUCUUCAUGAAGAUUAUACCAUGGCUGCUGUGAGCACACCACGGGCCCAAACUCCGCCAUCCAACCCAGCAGAGGUAUCAUCAACUGCUAAUAUUGGAAGGUGAAUUUAAUCUGUCGAUAAAUCAUAAGUACAGGUAAAUGGACAUGUCUUUAUCUAGAACCUUCCUGGAGUUUCAAGCUCAAGGUUCUGGGAAUUGCCUGAUGUUACUUGAAAUCUGAGGCUGUAAAGAAUAGGAAGGAGGUGUCAGGGUGUUAUACAGUUGAGUAAUUUGAAUAAUCCGAUGUGACGUAGUAAGUAAAGCUCGAAUGUUUUUUUUUUUUUUUCUUCCAAGCCCUUGUAAAUUGUUGCAUUCCUUUGGUUCGAUUGUGUCAACUAGCAUCAUGUAACUGCAAAAAUUGGAUCUGAUCAUGAUCUGAAUAAAUGAUCAGAAACUAUUAUUUGCUUUCAUCAUAUCAUGAAAAAAUUGAUAAACUGAAAUUGUCAUUUUCUGCUA